CAUAAUAAUCAUUUAGUUCAUGAUUUACAAUCACAACAACAACAACAAAGUGAUAAUAAUAUAAUUAGUGUAAAUAGUGAAAAUGUAAUAAAUAGUUUAAAAAAUUUAUUCAAUGAAUUACAUAAUAUAAAUUUAACUGUAAAUAUGAUGAAUAAUAAUGGUAAUGGUGUUGGUGUUGGUGGUGGUAAUGACAUGUUCAUCAAUACAAAUAUUAAUAAUAAUAAUCAUAAUAAUCAACAUCAUCAUCAAAAUAAUGAAAAUAAUAAUAAUAAUGAAACAUUAUCAUCAUUAUUAUUAUCAUCAUCAAUACAAAAUAAUGAUAGUGAUCAUAGUGGUUAUAUACCAUAUGAAAGUCGACCUGAAACAUAUAUAGUGCCCAUUAUAUUUUUAUUCAUAUUUGUUAUUGGUACAAUUGGUAAUGGUACUGUAAUCUAUAUAUUUUAUCAACAUAAAUCAAUGCGUACAGUGGCCAAUGUUUAUAUAUUAUCAUUAGCGAUUGGUGAUUUAGCCAUGAUAUUAAUAACCGUACCAUUUGUAAGCACAAUUUAUACAUUUGAAUCAUGGCCAUAUGGUCUGGCUGUUUGUAAGAUAAGUGAAUUUGCACGUGAUCUUUCUAUUGGUGUUACGGUAUUUACCUUGACUAGCCUAAGUGUACAACGUUAUACAGCCACACAUCAUCCAAUACGUUAUCUAUCGCAUAAAGGACGUACAACAUUAACACAGGCAAAUACAUUUAUAUGGUUUUUAGCAACAAUUUUGGCCAUACCUGGAGCUUAUUAUUCAUUCAUCAUGAAAGUUGCCGUUAAUGAUAAUCAUACAAUAAAUGUUUGUUAUCCAUUUCCAUCACAAUUAGGUGAUUGGUAUCCUAAAACAAUUGUUAUGAUCAAAUUUUUAAGCUAUUAUGCAAUACCAUUGAUUAUCAUAACAAUAUUCUAUUCAUUAAUGGCACGUAGUCUAAUACGUACUACAGAAAAUCCUGUUUGCAAUAAUGAUUCACAUAAUAAAUUAUUAAAAAAUCGAAGAAAAAUAUCACGAAUUGUACUUGGUUUGGUUGUCAUAUUUGCCAUAUGUUUUUUUCCUAAUCAGGUUUUUAUGCUUUGGUAUCAUUUUAAUGCAAAUUCAAAUGAAAAUUAUAAUACAUUCUGGCAUAUAUGGCGUAUAAUUGGAUUUGUAUUAUCAUUUUUAAAUUCCUGCCUAAAUCCAAUCGUAUUAUGCUGUAUAAGUGGUGUAUUUCGUUCACAUUUUAAACGUUAUAUAUUUGCUUGUUGUUAUUCAAAUGUACAACGAUCAAGAGAAACAAGUAUAACGCCUGGAUUCCGUUCGAUUAAUUCGAUCGAUCUCAACACUAAAUCAAAGUGGCCAGAUAUUGACCAAAACAACAAGCCUAUAAUGAAUCGUAUAACGUUAUAAUGAUAUUUUUUU